AUGCCGUCACUGAAGCCGCCACUGCAAUCAACCGCGGCGCCCCGCGAUAACGAACCAUACGCUGAGGAUGUGCAAAAGGUCUUGAAGUGGCAGGAGGGCCGGAUAGCGAGACGACUGAAGGGGGAGUACGAGUCGGCGGUGAUGCAUCUCACUGAGGUGAUAAACUCGAAUUUGCAUACCCCCAUCUCCGUAUCUUCGGUCCGCGUCGAGGGCGCGUCGAACACACGACAAUCAUUCAUUGGAUCCCUCAUUCGCCCCAUCCUCUCGGAAUGCACCUCUGGGCCCCAGGACUUGGGGUCUGUCCUCCAUACCACGCGAAAAAUGAGCCGAAGGCUCCACGAGACAGAUAUUUUCAAGUCGGUGGAAGUCAGGAUAGAAGAGGCGCGAGAUGUGAUGGCCGACGCUGGUGCUGUCGAUCUGGUCUUCAAAACGAGGGAAAAGGGGAGGUUUUACCUCAAUACCUCCACGGAGCUGGGGAACGAGGAGGGGAAUGCCAGCGCGACAGCACGCGUCCGUAAUGUCUUUGGUGGUGCAGAGACCUUCGAGGCGAACCUAUCCAUGGGUACCAAAACCCGGCGGUCGUUCCGAGCCUCUCUAGAAGUCCCGCUGUCAUCAGACCUAGGAACGCGCGGUGAGCUAUCAGCAUAUGGCAUGGAACGGGAUAACACGACAUUCGCGUCGUCGUUCGAGACGCUUCGUGGCCUCAAAGCAUCUGUCAGGACAGGAUCGUCGAAUCGUGGUCUGGGAAUGCAUGAAAUCACCUACGAGGCGGUUAUAAGGCAUAUUGGUGCUUUCGCGCCAGCUGCCUCGAUAAGUAUGCGGAGAUGUGCUGGCCAAACGACCAAGUCGGCCAUCUCGCAUACAUGGACCAUAGACUCGCGCGACGACCGUAUUACUGCGACUCGAGGACACUAUGCCAAAUUCUACCAAGAGUUGGCAGGUCUGGGAGGAGAUGCAGCAUUCUACAAGGUUGAGUCUGAAGCCCAGGUCUCGCGGUCUAUUUGGCCUGGCUCACUAUCUUGGGGGUCUCGCGCUGGGUUGCUUUGGUCCCUUCGUGACAAGCCCUCCUUAUUCUCGGACCGAUUCCACCUCGGAGGCCCAACCAGUGUUCGCAUGUUCCGCCACAACGGGCUGGGCCCGAGAGACGGCUCCGAUUCCCUCGGGGGCGAUAUAUUCUGGAGCACCGGGCUCAGCAUCCUCUCGAGCAUUCCCCAGAAACCCCACUGGCCGAUAAAAAUACACGGGUUCGUCAACGCCGGGCGCUUGGACAUUGUUGAUCAAAGCCGUCCACUGACAUCGACGAUCCGUAACACAUUGACAAGACCGUCGGUCUCUGUCGGCCUGGGUCUGGUAUAUCGCUUCGAUCCCGUCAGAGUAGAAGUUAAUUUCGGUGUCCCGCUGGUCGCGAGCGAGAGUGACGCGUCGAGAAAAGGACUUCAAGUUGGCAUGGGGCUUGAAUUCUUAUAA